AAGCGCGGGGUCGGGGCUGUCCGACCUCCCUUCCCCGAGGGACACGGCGGGAAACACGGCCCGACCCUUCAGGGAAGAACCCCAAUCUCCCUGCUGCGCCACCGCGCCGCUGACAGGGGGUCGCCUGGCUCCUGAGGGAAGGAGAGGAUAGUAAGGCGGGAAGGGAGUCGGCGGAGCGGGGUGGGGUUAGCCGGGCCCGCAUGUGUGGGAAAACCAGACAUGGGGGCUUCCUGAGGUGAAAAGCGCCCCGGCUUUCGCCGCUGAGAGAGACCCUCCGCUGCAACCGCACCUCCGCGCAGCUCGACCCGCCGCCGCCGGGAACCGUGCCCGGGCUCCGAGUGUUAUAGAGUAAUCUGUAGCUAAAGAAAAACUUAGUCCACAAGAGACUUCAGAAGUGCAGUGACCCAGCACAGGCAAGGCUGAAGAGAGCUGCCACCUCAGUUGUACACAGCAAAAGGAAGGUGCCAAGAGCUCUACACCCACCAUGUUGCCCUGUGGACCAGCUUUGUCCUUUGUUCGGUGUCUGGUGAGGAAGAAGAAUGUCAGUGCUGAAAGCCCUGAGGACUCCAAGUUGUGCCGAUGCUUAUCGACAGUGGACCUUAUAGCCCUGGGCGUAGGAAGUACCCUUGGUGCUGGUGUUUAUGUCCUUGCUGGAGAAGUAGCCAAAUCCAAUUCUGGACCUAGUAUCGUGGUUUCUUUCUUCAUUGCUGCGCUGGCAUCUGUGAUGGCAGGUCUCUGCUACGCUGAGUUUGGUGCUCGCGUUCCCAAGACUGGUUCUGCAUAUUUGUACACUUACGUAACUGUCGGUGAACUGUGGGCUUUUAUCACUGGUUGGAAUCUUGUUUUAUCCUAUGUUAUAGGUACAUCAAGUGUAGCAAGAGCCUGGAGUGGCACUGUUGAUGAACUUCUUGAAAAACAGAUUGGUCAUUUCUUCAGAACCUACUUCAAAAUGAAUUACUCUGGGCUAGCAGAGUAUCCUGACUUCUUUGCUGUAUUCCUUAUAUUACUUUUAUCAGGUCUUUUAUCUUUUGGAGUAAAAGAAUCUGCAUGGGUGAAUAAGAUUUUCACUGCUAUUAACAUCUUGGUCCUACUCUUCGUUAUGAUUUCUGGUUUUGUGAAAGGACAUGCUGACAACUGGAAAAUAAGUGAAGAAUCUCUCAUAAACCUGACGGCAGAAAAAGAGAAUUACUCAUCCAAUGAGAAUGUGACAAGUAUAUAUGGGAGUGGUGGCUUUAUGCCAUAUGGUUUCACAGGAACGUUGGCUGGUGCUGCAACCUGUUUUUAUGCUUUCGUAGGAUUUGACUGCAUUGCAACAACUGGAGAAGAGGUCAAGAAUCCUCAGAAAGCCAUACCCAUAGGAAUUGUGGUGUCCCUGCUUGUCUGCUUCAUGGCCUAUUUUGGGGUUUCAGCUGCACUGACACUUAUGAUGCCAUACUGUCUACUAGAUGAGAAAAGUCCUCUGCCAGUGGCAUUUGAUUAUGUUGGAUGGGGUCCUGCGAAAUAUGUUGUAGCUGUGGGAUCCCUCUGUGCUUUGUCUACAAGUCUUCUUGGAUCCAUUUUCCCAAUGCCACGUGUAAUCUAUGCUAUGGCGAAGGAUGGGUUGCUUUUCAAAUGUCUAGCUCAAAUCAGUUCCAAAACGAGGACCCCACUAGUUGCUACUCUAUUGUCUGGUGCAGUGGCAGCUAUAAUGGCAUUUCUGUUUGACCUAAAGGCUUUAGUGGACAUGAUGUCUAUUGGUACGCUUCUUGCUUAUUCACUUGUGGCAACUUGUGUCCUCAUUCUUAGAUACCAACCCAGUUUAACCUACGAGCAACCAAAAUAUUCUCCAGAAAAAGCAGCUUUGGCUGCACCUGAAAAGGAAUCUGCAGUAAGUGAAUCACAGAUACAUAUGAUAGAAGAGAACCACUUCAGUCUUAAGGCCCUGAUUAAUCCAUCCAGUUUACCUACUGAGCAGACUGCAACUACCGUUAACUUUUUAGUGGGUCUUUUAGCUUUCUUGAUUUGUGGCUUGAGCAUCCUCACUACUUACGGGAUUCAUUUCAUUGCUAACUUGGAGCCCUGGAGUAUUUGCCUUCUUGCUGUGUUGGUGGUGUCCUUCAUAGUUACCAUUCUCCUCAUCCAAAGGCAGCCUCAGAACCAGCAGAAAGUGGCCUUUAUGGUUCCACUGUUGCCAUUUUUGCCAUCCUUCAGUAUCCUGGUAAAUAUUUACUUGAUGGUACAAUUAAGUGGAGACACUUGGAUCAGAUUUAGCUUCUGGAUGGCACUUGGCUUCCUCAUUUACUUUACUUAUGGCAUCAGGCACAGUCUUGAAGGUCAUCGUAGCGAUGAAGAUGACUAUUCUUGUUCAGAAAAUAGUGGCUUGCAGGAAAAGAACCCUGUGGAAGAAGUGGAUGAACCUGAAAAUGCAAACGAAAGUGAUCAAUUUCUUGCACAUGAGAGGACAAGUGAAUGUUAAUCUAUGUAAACAUACAGGUCUUUUAAACCUUUAAUUGACAUUUUACGUGCGGACUGAAAUUUCAAAAGCUUUCUGCCAACAUUGUGCCUCUUGAAAGUGUUUACUACAAGGCCUGGCUGAUAUUUUGGACAAGCUGCUAAUCCAUCUUCACCAUUUCAGAACUGACAGCAUGGAGAUUAAUAUUUAAAUUAAAAAACAAACAAGAGAAGUACCUUUUGGCAAGCAAAAAUUUGGAUGCAUUGUUUGAACUGUCAUCCAAAAUGACUGGCAAUCAUAAAAUAUGAAGAAUUUUAGAACUGCCUGCAAGAAGUUCUGAAUAUUUGACACUGCAUUGUGAACACACGUGCCUUUCGUACCUUCUCCUUACCUCUGUUAUGUGUUUUGGUCACAAUCUAAUAGGUCUCUUUUUUUCUACAGAAGUAACUCUCACAGGACAUAAACUGCAUUCAGGCCUGGAAAAUAUCUGCAAAUGGUAAUUGUACAGAUCUGAUACUUUGCAAAAAGUAGAGGAUCAUAUAUUUAUAUCAAAAGAAAUAAUUGCUUACCCUUACUAAUCAGUAGUCACGGAGAACUCAAACAGUGAAGAUACUUGAAGGGCUUUUACUCCCUCUAAAUAGUAUUCAAGAUUUCUACUUAUGUGAAUUCCUUUCAGAGAUGGUGUGUGUAUAAAAUAAUACUCCCAAGAGGAGUUAUGUUGUUUUCUGCAAAAGCACCUGGGAAAUAAUCUGUUGGUCACAGUACUGACAGUGACAUUUGUAUGUGAUUUAGCAAGUAUUGUGCUUUUGAUUUCAGAAGGGCCAGGAUUUUAUCCCUGACAACCUAAUUUGGUACUUACAUGCAGCAGUCAUCAAGUUUUCCUCCUUACUACUCAUUUAUUCCCCCUGUACUUUCUUCUCCCUUAUCAUGUGCCAGAGCUGAUACUUCUGAGAUUAGUUGUUACACAUUGUUUCUCCUCAGAAAAAUUAAUGUGCAAAAUUCCAGGGAGGUUAAAAAACCAGAGGCCCAGGCUUUGGAAAAAAUUCCUCAUCAAAACAGUAUUUCAGUGCUUCACUAAGCCUUAAACAUAUGUUAGGACAGCAGUUUUUUGUGAGCCAAGCCUACAUCCACAAAUCCAUUCAUGUGGGUAGGAUGUCCAAAUACUAAUUUAUGUAAAAAACCAAAUUGUUGCUGCAUUGCUGGGUCAACAAUUAUUUUAAAGCUAGUGAAAAUGGAAACUGUUCUUUCAACAUAAAAGUCAUGUUAUCUGUCAAAGGCACCCGGAUAUUUUACCACUUUUUCUCAGCAAGUAGUAGGCUCAAGUCCCAUGAAGGAUUCCACAAUAUGAAGUUAUUUUGCAAGAAUGUAUUUAUAAAAAACUUCCCUAAAGUAAGAACUGUCUUGGACUUUGUCAGGGAGAGUUUCAAUCUGUUGUCAGUAGUAAUCAUUGGUAUUAAUCUCUGUUGUAGGUAUAAAAUCUUCAGUUCCCAUGAGAGCUACGUUGGUUGACAGUGAAAAGCACCUUACAUUUUUACAAUAGCUGGAAUUUCACACACACAAAAAAAAAAAGAAAAAGAAAAGAAACUAGUUAGGCUGCUUCUGUCUCUCUCCUGUUCUUUUUCACAGCAAUAGAUUCAUGCUUUUUAAUCUUAAAACAACUUCUGUUGUUGUAAGAGGGUAGCAUGCCUAAAUGUUAAAGGGCAGGAGAAGUGCUUCUUGAUAAAGAACCCUGCAACAGGCUGAUCUUCUACCCUGGGGUAGGUCUGAGGUUUUCAGCCUGAUCCUUUCUUCUCUGCUUGAACUGGGAGAAGAGGCUCCUGCACUGCUGGCAGCAGCAAGUGGACAGAUGUGGACAGAUGUGUGCUGUUGCACCAGUGGCCUCUCCUGACUACUCAGAGUUAGGAGUAGCGAUCUGAAAAUGUGAGAGGCAUGCAAUAGGUAAAACACCUACCUCUUAACUGAGGUUCCAGCAUAUCCAUCCUCUAACUGCAACUGCUGUCCUAAGAACUGUUCUAGUGAUUGGUGGUCCUUAACAAUGGAUGGGACACAGAGGAUGAGGAGAAACUAUCACGUAGGUGGCAAUGGGAUACUGUUUUUUAAUAAAUCAUAAUCCAUCCAGACUUGAUCAUAAGUUAUAGCCACUUCUUUCCAAAAUCCAUCAUUGUUUACAAGAUGCUAUUAAAGAAAGACUCAAAUCUCAGAUUAAUACAAGUAGAUGAUCUGCUAAGUAAAUGGAUGAGAAUUCUCAGGGCAGUUCCUGAAGCUAUUGAUAAUUUUCAGUACCUCUAUUCAGUGAAUGAAAGAGCUGUCUAUGUCAGUUGGAUCUGCUAUUUUAAUUGUAAUUCUCAACUGGAGUCCAUUUUUAUGCCAAAAAUGACAAAAGAACUAUAUGUUCAUGUUUGAAAUAUUAGAAAUUUAAGACUUUCCAGGGUCUUGAAAGGAAUACAAUAUAGUAAUCCUUAGAUAUGUCAAAACAAAGGUUUUAUUUUAAAGUAACCAAAAAUUGAGUAAAUGAAUGUAUGUUCUGUGUUUUUAAUCCCACAAGUAUUUGAAAUAGAGAAGCUGAUACUUUUCCUGAAGCGUGGCUUCUUCAGUGGUUGUACUUUCACAGGACAUUGUUAACCUGUCUUGCCUAGUACUCUUAAAUCCUCAGCUGCAAAAAAUGCCAUUGCUGUGGGAUCAAGUCAGCAGUGCUCAGGCAAAGCUUUUGCAUGACAUCUUUACAAGCCUACAGUGAAACACAGCUCCUUUAAAAUUCCUUACACAUCUUGGUGUGUGGGAAGCAGAGACUGACUUUUUUCUAUGGUUGCUGAUGCUACAGAGCAGGCAAGCCAGGCUCCCAAGAUGAAACUGCUGCUGUUCUGUGAUAUGCAAGGAAGAUCCCAUUCCCUCCCAAGGCCAUCAUAUAGAAUGUAUGUGUGCACACCUGUCUAUAUGUUUGCAUCUGCCUGACAUUAGCCCAUAGUGAUUUUGAUGUACUGAUUAAAAUAAUUUCUAUACUGCACUGGAAUUUUCCUUUGAAGGGAUAUUGUCAAUAUAACAAACUUUUGACUAAAGCAAGUGCUAGCUAAAGCUUCUGGAGAUAAUUAGAGAAGAUAAACUUUACAGGUUAUUUACUUAAUGGAUGUGUCAGCACUUUGUGUAUUGACAGUUUCUCCUUUCUUUUGUGUGAAUAUUUCUCCCCCUGCCUUGUUAGAGAAAUCAGUUAUAUAAAAAUAGAAGAAUGUGCCUGUACAAAUGUUGCUAAGGGAGAUGGGAGCAGCUGCAGCACAGGAACUAUCCACUUAACUAAUGAGAUACAAAACGAAAGUAAAGUCAAGUCAUUGGGUAUUCUCAGUUGCUUCAACUGCGCAAAGGUUUUUUAUAUGUGUGUACAGUUAAAGUCAUUAUUAGUCAGGGGCUGAGUAAGAACAUGACAAGCCAGAAGUAAGAUAUUUAUGCUAAUUUUAGUAUGCAUUUGUAUAUGCAAUCUUGAAAUUCCAGAUGCUUUACUGGGAUUUUGCAGGAGCAGGUCACGUGAAGGACAGCCAUGCUAGUCCUUACACAGGAGCCAUGUAUGAAACAAACCCUGAUUUUGUUCUCAUGUUUGCUGUACAUCUGUAUUUGCUGAGAGAGCAGCUGAAAGCACAGUCUAGUGGAAUUAAAUACCUGCUGUUAUUUUUUGAUGUAGUUGUUGAUAUUGUAAAUUGUUCUGUGCAAAUAAUAAUGGUAUGUGUUAACACAAAAUAUCUAUUAUUGGAGGUAGCUUAUUGGUUUUUUUUUUUCCUUCCUUUGUGGAAAAAAAUCCUCCAAAACCUGUAUUUGCAUUGGUACAUUCUGGAUGUGCCUUUACAUAGAGGAAUUAUUCUUAUCUAGUUGGAUUUAAGAAAGUAAGCCAAAGCCUAUUUAAGGGAGCACAAAUAAAUCUUUUUGUUCUGAGUGAUAAGAGAUAAGAUAACAUUUCAGUAUAAUUCACGUUAACUAUCUUCUUGUGGUAUUUCAGUCCUAAUUCUGCCGUAGGAAAUUUUAUGAGGUAACUUAGAUUUCAUUGUCUGUUAUCCUGGAUAAAACUAUUCUGUUAAUAAUAGUAUGCUUUUUCCUGCACAACAAAUGCCAGUUAGCAUCUGAAAUCUUUCAUAUUAUGUUUAUGUCACCAUGUGUUAAAGCCAUUUAUAUUACCUGCUGUUAGAGAAUUAUCAGUAAUAAAUGUCAUUACUAAUGAUGUAGGGUUACUUAGGUACUUAGGAAUUUAACUAUGCCAUCCAGAAACUUCAAAUAAUACAACGAAUUUAGAGGCAAAACUUGGUAAAGUAUAUAUUCUGUAUUUUAUUAGAUGAUAAAUGUACAAGUCUAGCCACCUUUCCCCUAAAAUUUAUGCGAAGAUAUAUAUAUUUUUUAAGAAAUAAAAGGCAUCUUGUUUUCAUGGAGGUUUUAGUAAAUACCAAUAUCAGACGCGCUGUAAGCAUCCUGAGAUACCGAAAGCUGAACAACCUGGGUGAAAUCUGUGACAUUGCAGGAAAUCUGUGUGAGACUGUGCAAUUGUUUUAAUCAGGUGUGAUGCCUUUGGCACUGAGGUGUGUUUUGUACCAUAGGAAUUUAAUUCACAUGAUAGCUGACAUGUGUUACUUGAUUACAUGAAAAAGAAAAUAAAAGCAUCUUUUAAUGCUUUUGGACCCUAAUUCUUCCUAGACUUGCCAGGAAGUUUGUACAAAUUGCAGUAUGCUCAUUGAAUGCAUUGGGAUUACUCAGUGUUAGGCAAAUAGAUAUUUUACUGGAAAAGCAGGUGGUAUUUCACAUAGUGUAGGAUCUUUGUAUUUAAUUUCCCGUACCUUUAGUAUUUCUUUCUGGUAUAUGUUUUGAGGACCUCUGAUUUUUUUAAUAGUUGGACCUUUCCAAAGCUAAAUAUAAUGCCUUACCAUCUCCUGAUCUAUUUUCCAUUCUAUUUUCAAAAUCAAACUCCUUAACAUUAGCCAAGUUGAAGGAUUUCUGUGCAGAGACAUGCAUUACAAAGAACUAUGUAUAUAUAUAAUUAUUUUUCUUGUCAGUUGGACAAAUUCUGUUGUCUUUGUAUGUUUUCAUUGAGCCUUGUGCCAGGUAAACUGCAGCUUCACCAUGUUUAGUUGGAGUCAGGACAAGGGAUAAAAGGAUUUGAAUGUUUAGGAGGGCUUUUUUCUUUUGUGAUACCAGAAAGUAAAGCAUGAAAUACAUGUUACAUAUCUUUAAAAAUAGUUAUGUGUGCAUCAUUUUAAAAAACAUUAGUGUUCAUAUUCAUUUUAACUUUUAUUUUUGUUCAUAUGUACAUUGUAGUGAUUAUUUCUGUAUUAUAUGCUGCUGAGCAUUUAAAAUGUAGAUAGAAUGAUUAUGAUGUGACUUAAAAGAUAAAUUUGUAUUUCUUUGAAGUGCUCUACCAAAAUGAAAAGUCUUGAAUUUUUAUGAAUGUAAAAAUGCUUACAUUUAAGAAUAUGGUGCUUGUUUUUUCACUUUUACAAUAGAAUUGUAAUCAGUGAUAUUUUUAGUUACCUUUGUUCCAAAUUCUGAUGGAAAUUACAUUGCUCUUCAUUUACUGUAAAAUGUGCUUCACAGGA